AUGCCAAGUAAACUAAUCUUCGGUUACUAUGGAUCAUGGGCAACAUAUCGUUCCGGAAAGGGAAAAUACACUGCAGAGGACAUCGACCCAUACUCCUGCACUCAUCUUAUCUAUGCUUUCGCUAGUCCCACUUCCAGAGGCGAUGUGCGGAUUGUGGACUACAACCUAGGCUUUGCGGAGUUCAACGGUUUGCGGAAUCGUAAUCCGAGUCUGAAGACGCUCAUCGGCAUUGGAGGCGCCAACUUAGGCGAGAGAAUGUUUUAUAUUAUAGCAGGCAAUCCUUCGUUGAGGCGUACGUUUGCUGAGAACACUCGUCGAUUCUGCCAUACCCACGACUUCAACGGUGUGGACAUCGAUUGGGAGUUUCCGGAGUCUGGCGAUCGGUACAACUUCGUUCAGAUGCUGUCCGAUUUGUCAUCCGAGCUGGGUAGACAUGGCCUUCUAUUGACGGUCUCCGUGGGACCCAGCGAGUAUAGGGCGUCCCAGUCCUACGACAUUCCUGGCAUUGCCCGGAACGUGGACUAUAUCCUUCUCAUGACCUACGACUACAACGGAUCGUGGGACGCAUACACCGGACACAACGCACCGCUCUACUCCGGUUCGUCAGAUAGCGAGUUCCAAAAACAGUUGUACAUCGACCACAGCGUCCGGUACUGGAAGCGCCAGGGUGCCCCAAGCCACAAGUUGAUAUUGGGUCUUGCCACAUUCGGGCGUACUUUCACGCUCUCCAACCCGGGCAACAAUGGAUUCCGGGCUAAUGCCAGGGGAGCAGGACAUACUGGACCUUACACAAAGGAAUCCGGCAUCCUAGCGUACUAUGAAAUUCAGGACCGCUUCCCGGAAACACGUUGGGACAGUGAACAAUGCGUGCCGUAUGCUGUUUCCGGUGACCAGUGGGUAGGAUUUGACAAUAAGAGAAGUAUUCAACAAAAGUGCGAGUACAUACAACGUGAGAGUCUUGGCGGUGCGAUGGUGUGGACGAUCGAUAUGGACGAACGUCGUGGAGGAGCCUUCACAUUGCUCAAUACGAUCAACCGGUGCCUAUAA